UUGACACAGAAAGACAUUGUGCAAUUGGUGUUAUUGUGUUCAGCAAAGCAAACAGCAGCAGGGACGGGGAGGUUCAUGAAUGCAAAAUGAAGCUAUUUCUCCUAAGCUGCUUGCUGUUUUCUUGCUGUUGGCGAGCUGGGGCAGUGAACCGUGAGUACUACUUGGGCAUUACAGAGACUGUGUGGAACUACGCGCCCGGCAGUGCCAACGCCGUCUCGGGGCAGCUUUUUGCGGAAGAAGAGCAGGCUGAAGUCUUUCUCAAAAGAGGACCACAUAGGAUAGGAAGCACUUACAAGAAGGCUGUCUACACUCAGUACACCAAUCAUUUAUAUGAUGUGAUAGUUGACAAACCUUCCUGGCUGGGUUUUUUAGGUCCUAUAAUUAAAGGAGAAGUUGGCGAUUCCAUUACUGUCCACUUGAAAAACUUUGCUUCAAGAAACUACACACUGCAUCCACAUGGUGUAAGAUAUACAAAAGAAAAUGAAGGUGCUUUUUAUCCUGACAACACCAAAGAUUUGCAAAAGAGAGACGAUGCUGUGGAGCCUGGAGGCCAGUACACUUACACAUGGGACGUGACAGAAGAUCAAGGUCCAGCUCCAGGAGAUGCAGACUGCAUAACCAGGGCUUACCACUCCCACAUAGAUGCUCCAAGAGAUGUUGCCUCAGGGCUUGUUGGGCCUUUAAUAAUUUGCAGGAAAGGUACAAUGAAUAGGGACAGUGAUCAACACUUUGAUGCUGAAUUUAUCCUUAUGUUUUCCGUGAUGGAUGAAAAUCUCAGUUGGUAUCUAGAGGAAAAUAUCAGAACAUACUGUUCUGAGCCUUCCGAAGUGGACAAAGACGAUGAGGACUUCCAAGAAAGCAAUAAAAUGCACUCCAUCAAUGGGUACAUGUAUGGAUACCUACCAAACCUCACGAUGUGUGUGGAAGAUAAGGUAAAAUGGCAUCUUUUUGGCAUGGGUAAUGAAGCUGAUAUCCAUUCAGCAUACUUUCAUGGACAGACUUUAAUAGAAAGGCAUCAUCGAGUUGACACCAUCAGCCUCUUCCCAGCCACAUUCGUUGAUGCUGUCAUGACACCAAGGAGCCCUGGGGAAUGGCUGCUUAGCUGCCAAGUGAAUGACCACAUUGAAGGUGGUAUGCAGGCCCUUUUUAAAGUAAAAGACUGUAAGAAGUCCACACCAGCUCACAAUGAGAGUACAAAGAUAAGACAGUAUUUCAUUGCUGCUGAGGAGAUCAUCUGGAAUUAUGGCCCAUCAGCAAUGAACCAUUUUACAGGACAAGAAUUAAUCAUUGACAGUGAAUCUCGCAUCUUUUUUGAACAAAGUGAGACAAGAAUUGGUGGCUCUUAUAAAAAAGCAAUUUACAAAGAGUACACAGAUGGUUCUUUUACUGAACAUAAAAAAAGACUCGCAGAGGAAGCACAUCUUGGACUCUUAGGACCUGUUCUCAAGGCUGAAGUGGGCGAGCGCAUCAGGGUGACCUUCCGGAACAACGCCAGCCGCCCGUUCAGCAUCCAGCCCCACGGAGUGAGUUACGGCCGGAGCAUGGCAGGGACACGCUAUGGCCCCCUGCCCAGAGGUACCGAAUCUCCAGCCUCUCACGUGAGUCCUGGUGCUACGUUUACGUAUGAGUGGAAUGUGCCAGAAGAUGUGGGUCCCACAGACCAAGACCCAGACUGUUUAACCUGGCUUUAUUAUUCAGCUGUGGAUGCAGUCAGAGACACCAGUUCUGGCCUUGUGGGUCCUCUCCUGGUGUGCAGGAAAGGAGCUCUUCUUUCGUCUGGGAAACAGAAAAAUGUGAACGUGGAGUUUUUUCUGCUUGCCACAGUAUUUGAUGAGAAUCUGAGCUGGUACUUGGAUGACAAUAUUUUGAUGUUUACAUUAAAUCCUGAUAAAACUGACAAAGAGGAUGAAGAUUUCCAAGAAUCUAACAAAAUGCACUCCAUUAAUGGUUAUAUGUAUGGAAAUCAGCCUGGUCUUGAGAUGUGUAAAGGAAGUGUGGUUUCUUGGCAUUUGAUGGGCUUGGGUUCAGAAGUUGAUGUCCAUGGGAUAUACUUCUCAGAAAACACAUUUGUAACUAAAGGAACAAGAAGGGAUACAGCAAAUCUGUUUCCACAUACAGUUCUUACAGCUAUUAUGAACCCUGAUUCUGAAGGAAUUUUUGAAGUGUCCUGCCUGACAACAGACCACUACACUGGGGGCAUGAAACAGAACUACAAAGUGAAACAAUGCCACUGGUGGAAUGUAGAUCCAUCUCUGUAUUUGCAUGAAAAGACUUAUUACAUUGCUGCAGUGGAAGUUGAAUGGGACUAUUCUCCCAACAGGACAUGGGAAUUUGAACGGCAUCAACACCAUGAGGAAAGCCCUGGCAAUCCAUUUUUAAAUAAAAAUGACAAAUUCAUUGGCUCAAAAUACAAAAAGGUUGUAUAUCGCGAAUACACUGAUCAGACAUUCAGUACUCCCAAAAACAGAGCAGAGGAGCAGCAGCACCUGGAAAUUCAAGGGCCACUGCUUAUGUCAAAUAUUGGAGAUAAAAUUAUAAUAGUUUUUAAGAACUUAGCAUCAAGACCUUAUUCUAUCCACGCCCAUGGAGUGAAAACAGACAGUUCUGCUAUUGCUGUAACUAACCCAGGUGAAACAAAAAUCUAUGUUUGGAAAAUCCCAGAGAGAUCUAGUCCUGAGAGAGGAGAUCCACAUUGCAUUGCAUGGGCAUACCAUUCAACAGUGGACAUCAUUAAGGACACUUACAGCGGAUUAAUAGGCACACUUGUUGUGUGUCAUAGGCAUUAUCUGCCAUCAUUUCAUACUAAAAAGAAAGUUCAAUUUGCUCUUCUUUUUAUGGUUUUCGAUGAAAAUGAAUCGUGGUACUUGGAUGAAAACAUUAAAACCUAUUCUGCCAACCCACAUCUUGUUGACAAAGAGGAUGAGGACUUCCUUGAAAGUAAUAAAAUGCAUGCCAUUAAUGGAAAGGUGUUUGGAAAUUUGCAUGGCCUGACUAUGCAUGUUGGAGAUAAAGUCAGCUGGUAUCUGGUGGGAAUGGGCAAUGAGAUAGACAUUCACACAGCACACUUCCAUGGCCACAGCUUUGACUACAAGCAAACAGGGAUUUACCGGGCAGAUGUCUUUGACCUGUUCCCUGGGACAUUUCAAACUGUGGAAAUGACUCCACAGAACCCUGGAACCUGGCUGUUACACUGUCACGUUACUGACCACAUCCACGCAGGCAUGGAAGCAACCUACACUGUGCUCCCAAAGGAAGAUAAACGGUCUUUGUUCCCAAGAUUAUUCAAUCAGUCCAAGUGUAAAGGCAUGGCAGGCACACAAGAAUGAUGAAAGCAUUUUAACACAGUGGUUCUCCAAGGUCUGUCUUCAGUGAACAUUCUUGGAAUAUAUUCUCUUCUGAUCAACUCAUCUCCACGUAUGUUUUGGAAAAUUUCAUGUAGUGGCCACAGGUACCAAAAGGGCCAUAGACUAAGACAGCUGAAUGGAUAUGACAGCUCAUAAAUAUAUUUUUCUCUAAAUAAAAGUUGUAUCUCGCAAGCUAAACAUA